CUACAAAGAAAUUGAUAUAGGAGGAUUAAGUGUUUGGAUAUUUGGUCUUGUAGUAUGGGAAAGUAGAGAAUUGGCUGGAAAUUCUUUUGGGUAUCUUCCUCGUUUACUGCCAACUUCAGAUUUUUUCUCAAAUCUUGAAUCUAGACCUCCUUUCUCCCGUUUUGUAAAUAUUCGUGGAUUUGUCAAGGCUGAGGAUGGUAGAAGGGGUGGAUGGUGGCUACCACUUUGGAAUGAUGAAUCUAGUGAGGACCCCUUAGAAUCACCUAUUAAUAAUGCCAGUAAUGUUGACGGACAAAAUCAGAGUGAUGCAAUACAAGUUGCGCAUUCAUCUUCACCUGAUCCACAUUCAACUCAGGUUUUUGUAGUACCUUCAAAUAAUACUACUCGAUCAAAUUCACCGACACAGGAAACUGUAUCUUUAACAGCAGUUUCAACAACAGCGGAUCCGGAUACUAAAGAAAAGGAUGUUGAAUUACUACCUGCUCCUUAA